AUGAGUUAUGAAGAAUUUGUUAUCUUUCAAAUAGCUUAUAAUCAUCUCGCUCAUCCUUCUGCUUUGGCUUAUUUCUUUAAAAUUCUUGAUGUAAAUUCUGAUGGUUAUUUAGAUAAUUAUGAAUUACGUUAUUUUUACACUGAACUUCGAUUAGCUUACAAUGGUUGGUUUAUGGAUGGUGCAAUGCCUGAAUUCGGUGAUUUUACCGAUCAGUUUUAUGAUAUGGUGAAGCCUGCCGUUAAUAGAAGAAUAUCUCUUCAAGAAUUGCUUGCAUGCAAACAAGGACAUGAUUUUAUUCUUUGUUUAAUUAGCCAUACUGAAUUUUACAGAUAUGAAAUGAGAGAAAGUGAAAAUGGAGCUCAAGAUUCAGAAAUGCCGUCAUAUUGUGGAGAAGAUAAUUUGGACGAAGUUGAAUCAGAAGAAGAAAAUUCCGAGAAUGUACAACUUUAA